UCAAAUGCUGAACAAGCUUCCCACUAACUUAUUCAAAUACGAGUACUUUUCUACCAAAACCCAAGUGAAUCAAUCAAUCAAUCUACACACACAACCACUAUAUAAACAAUCAUUACCACAAUCGAACUUCUUCAAGUAAUCAUAGAGUUAGUAUGUCGAAUUUUCACGGUGAUUUUAGUCAGAAUAUUGAUUAUGUGUUCAAAAUUGUUCUAAUUGGAGACUCAGCUGUUGGCAAAUCACAAUUGCUAGCUCGUUUCGCAAGAAACGAGUUUAGCUUGGAUUCUAAAGCUACAAUUGGAGUUGAAUUUCAAACGAGAACGCUUGCGAUUGAUCAUAAGACUGUUAAGGCUCAAAUUUGGGACACUGCUGGUCAGGAAAGAUAUCGGGCUGUCACCAGUGCAUAUUACAGAGGUGCAGUGGGGGCUAUGCUGGUAUACGACAUAACCAAACGUCAAUCGUUUGAUCACGUGGUGAGGUGGUUGGAAGAAUUACGAGGCCAUGCUGACAAGAAUAUUGUAAUCAUGCUGGUAGGGAACAAAACUGACCUAGGACAUCUUCGGAAUGUUCCUAGUGAAGAUGCCAAAGAAUUUGCGGAAAGGGAAAAUCUGUACUUUAUGGAAACAUCAGCCCUCGAGUCAACCAAUGUUGAAAUGGCCUUUAAUACACUCCUGACUGAGAUUUAUCGAACUGUCAGUAAGAAGGCUCUUGUUGCCAAUGAAGCAGAAUCUGGUGGGAACUCGGCACUUCUCAAGGGAAGCAAUAUUGUUGUACCCAGUGCGGAACCAUUAUCAGGAGGGAGCAAAUAUAGCUGCUGUUCAUCAUCAUAGAAAAGAAUGAUACAUUAGUUGAUAGUAGGUGUUCACUGUUCAGCGCUGCUUUAUAUAUGUUUCUACUGUUCUACAUGACUCACAAUCACUGAUUUACGUAUUGUUCAACCAACAUUAUAAAUUGUCUUCUUUCAGGAUAGGAUGGCCUAAACCUUAUGAUCAAAUAGGGGCAUAUUCCCCGGCUGUAAAAGUUAGUUGUUGAUCUUUGAUAGAGCCUGUUUAUAGUGAACAUACUAGUGUCAAAUGGUCAUACCAUGUAUAACUAGUGGCUUUGAGAUGUAGAAUCUUCUCGAUAAAACUGUGCCUCUUCCUGGCUGGCUGAUGUAUAGCAUUUAUUUUCCUAA